AUGGUCUACCAAGGUUAUAAUUACGAAUGUCUUAUCGACCAAUUGAAGGACCAAUCAUUUUUCGGUGCCCCCAAUACACUUAUUUUUGUUGCGCCGGAUGUUGACGCUUUAUGUGCUUAUAAAAUGUUGGAGCUUAUUUUGAAUGAAGAGUAUAUUUGCCAUCAAUGUGUUGCUAUUUCUUCCGAAGAAGAUUUAAGAAAGUGGGAGGAUAGAGUCAAUAAAGACUCGGUCUAUAAAACGAUCAUCUUGAUCAAUUGUGGUGGCGCGUUUGAUAUUGGGGGAAUUUUCAAAAUUACCAGUAAGGACCAUUUGAAGAUCUUUGUAUUAGAUUCUCAUCGACCGUAUAAUUGCAGGACACUCUUUCACUAUGAUCAAGUUAUUGUAUUGGAUGAAGACCAUUAUAAAGAUACUUUAGAAAAAUUGUAUGAUAGUUACGCACGACUUAUGGACCUUAAUGAAAAAUCACGCGAUCUCGAAAGACAGGAAUCUGAAUACGUGGAAGAAAGAAGAGGAAAUAAACGGCAAAGAAUAGAAACCAGAGCGAGCACAUCGAAAAAAGCUAAAGCAGACACUGAUGACGAAAAACAAAAGCUUAAAAAAGAACUAGCAAAUUAUGAACAAAGCCCUCCAUACUACAGCAAAUCAGUCGCCCGAUUAGUUUAUACAAUGUCGUUAAAGAUAUCAAAAGCUUCACUUGAAGAUCAUCCAAGCACAAAGAAUUUACUUUGGUGGGCGAUAAUUGGUCUAGCCAGUCAAUACAUCAACAGCUUGAUCACAGAAGAAGCCUAUAAAGAAGAGUAUACGUAUUACCUUGAGGUACUAAAGCUCAUUAAACAUGAGGAUAUGAAGCCAAUGUACAUGGUUGCACCUGCAAAUGGGAGUGAUAAUAAUAUUCGAAGAGAACAGAAUUGGCGAUCGUAUUUAACUGAGAUGGGAAUUUCUCUUAAUCAAAGUCGCCAAGAAUUCAUUGCUGUACGCACAGAAAUUGGACCAAAACUACAUGAGAAACUUGCAAAAUUCGCCGAAUCACAUAAAGUCAAAGAUUUAGAGUUUCCUUCUUUUGCGCGGACUUAUGGAUUUCACACAACACUAACAGCUUGUGACGCAGCAUAUGCAUUGAAUGCAUUGAUUGAUACUUUUACGGAACACGCGGAAAGUGUUGGAUGUCAAAUUGAUUCGGCUGAUAAAGCUAGUAGUAAACUGGAAAAGGAUUCUUGGUGGAACUUUUAUAGUGCAUCUGAUUCGGUAGAUGACAUUACAUCAGCUAUAAAACUAUCGAAAAAUAUUCAACAGUUUAUUGUGGAACGAUGUAACGAGAUAAUUCAAAAGAGAAAUGCGAUAAAGAAGGAAGGAAGAAUUCAUUUUGUAGUAUUGGGAAGUGGUGGGGCACAAGAUUUGCUCAGUCACCCUAGAAUAUUGCGAAGGUUUGCAAAUUUCUUGGCUUCAGCAUACAAGGAAAAGUCCACCAAAGAUAAGAAAAUCGCCAUGAUUGUCGUAGUUCCGAUACUUGAUAAUACAUGUUACCUUGUAAUUGGUGUGAUGGCAGGACAAAUAAAAAAUCCAUUACCAACCCUAUUCAUUCAAACUAUCGCCACAUUACCCGAGACUAUUGCAAAUGAUUUACGGUUUCCUUCGUUUAGUAAAGAUGUGUUUGUUAUACCACAAAAGGAUUAUGCGGUUUUUAAAGAAAAAUUAAUUUUGAUAGAUGCACAGGCUGCGAAUUGA